AUGCCAACUAAACUCGUCCGGACGGAUUCAGCGUCAACAUUCUCAACCUUUAAUUCUGCUGCUUUUGCAGAUGCCCAGUCCCAUGUCAGUGAGAAUUCUUCAAUAAACAGUGGAGGAAGUUUCAUACCGCCAGCAGCUGACCAGCAGAACGAGUUCGGUGAAAAUGGCCAAGCUAUAGAAGGUGCAGGUGGUGAUAUUGAGGAUAAUGAGUUGACACCCCAGGCAACCAUUACAGAGACGAAUGAGGAGGAAAAAAUUGAUAAAACUAACACUGAGGCAGAUGUUACAAAUGAAGCCCUGAGCACCAAGCCACUAGAUACAAAGCCGCUUAAUGCAAAGCCGGAGCAGUCAAAGCAGGAAGUGAAUGAUGUUGAAGCCAAAGCAGAUGUUGUGGAGGCAGGUAACCCUGUUAAAGCAAAAAUUCCUGCUGACGACGAUACCAGUGAUGUUGCCAAGGUCGCCGAUGAUAUUCCAAAGGCUGAGAAUGGCAAGGAACAGAAGGAGUCUGCAAACGAGGAAAAAACACAAAUGACGCAGCCAGAGCCCCAGAAGGAUCCAGAAACAGCUUUAGUUGACAAGCAGGAUCCAGACAAAAAGUCAGGCCAGGAGGAAGGAUACCACAGAGAGCACAGCGAAUGCCACGAAUACAUUUUCGGACAUUGCUUUACCGACUAUCUGGACCAAAGUGAUUACUCGUUGAGUUGCUGCUGGUCUGCUUUCAUGAGCUCAAUGUGUGGAAUCUUCUACACCAACAAAAAACGAUAG